GGAGUUUAUAAGCAGUAAGCACACGGCUCUUGGCAAAGAAGUGCAGACUUGUCCAGCUCUUGGUGUAGCCCCCGCCAUCUAUAGUACUUAAAAAAAGGUUUGCUAUGGACCCUAUCACAAUUGCCUUCUCUGUCCUUACCAUCUUAUUUGUUAUUGUUGUGUCAAGAAAAUGGAAUCAAGGAAUUCCCAAAAAUUUCCCUCCUGGACCAAUACCCUUACCGAUCAUUGGAAAUAUCCUAAGCAUUGACAUCUCAAAACCAUAUAAGACAUUUGUGCAGUUGUCAAAAAAGUAUGGCACAGUCUUCAGCAUCCAGAUAGGCUUAUCAAAGAUAGUUGUCCUAUGUGGUUACGAUACCAUCAAAGAUGCCCUGAUCAACCAUGGCGAUAAGUUUGUGGACAGGCCUAAAUCAAACUUGUUUACUUCAACCACCAAGGAUCAUGGUGUCAUCCUGGCUAAUGGGGAAAACUGGAAAGUGAUGAGAAGAUUCACACUCUCAACCUUGCGAGAUUAUGGGAUGGGGAAAAAGACUACAGAAGAAAGAAUUAUUGACGAGGCUGAGUCUCUGGUACAUAAAUUCAGAAGCUAUAAAGGAAAACCUUUUAAUAACCUGAAAAAUGUAAAUUCUGCUGUAGCCAAUAUAAUUGUGGCCAUACUGCUCAGUCAGAGAUUUGAUUAUGAGGAUCCGACCAUACUGAAGCUUGUGGAUUUAAUUAAUGAAAAUAUAAGACUCUUUGGGAGUCCUCUGGUCAGGCUGGUAAACAGUUUUCCGCUGUUAAUGCACUUGCUGCCGGGAGCUCACAGGAAAAUUUUUGCCAACUUUAGAGAGUUUCAUGGGUUUUUAGAGACAACAUUUACUAAACAUAGGAAAGAACUGGAUGUGAAUGACCAGCGCAAUCUAAUUGAUGCCUUCCUUGUCAAGCAGCAAGAGGGAAACCUGGAAUCAGCUCAGUUUUACCACAAUGAGAACCUGAUUGCUCUGGUGGCAGAUCUUUUUGUUGCUGGAAUGGAGACCACGUCAACCACAUUGAGAUGGGGUCUUCUGCUCAUGAUGAAAUAUCCAGAAAUUCAACAAAAAGUCCAAAACGAAAUUGAAAAAGUGAUUGGAUCAGCUCAUCCUCAGGUAGAACAUAGGAAACAAAUGCCGUAUACAGAUGCCGUCAUUCAUGAAAUUCAGAGGUUUGGUGACAUUGUACCUGCAAACGUCCCUCGUGUAGCUUCUCAAGAUGUAACAUUUAGAGGGUAUUUUAUACCAAAGGGCACUGUUGUUACUCCAUUGCUGCACACUGUACUGAAAGAUAAAUUUCACUUUAAGAAACCUGAUGAGUUUUAUCCAGAACACUUUCUUGACUCCAGUGGAAAUUUCCAGAAGAACGAGGCCUUCAUACCCUUCUCAUUAGGAAAAAGAAGUUGUGCAGGGGAAACCUUGGCUAAAAUGGAACUGUUUCUGUUCUUCACAUCAUUAUUACAAAACUUCACAUUCCAGGCACCUCCUGGGGCAAAAUUGGAUCUUACACCUGGACCAGGGUCUACAAAUUCUCCCAUGCCUUAUGAAAUCUGUGCCAUACCUCGCAGAUAGAUUGUGCUUCUCCUUAAAGAUAGGCUGAAAAUAAACCCAGUCAUUCUUUAGUUUCAAAGACCUGCAUUAUCUAGCUCAAAACCUGAGCAAAAAAUUCCUAACAACUAACCCAUAUAGAUGACCUGUCCAUAGGAUAACCCCUCAUUGUGUGUAAGGGUUGUGGGUCUGACACCUGGUAUUCCCACAAUUAAGCAGCCAGAGAGCAUGAUGGCCCCUUAAUGUUACUCUUAUCAUAGCUGCACAUCCGUACCUGUGGCUGAGCUGAGGUACCAGCAGGGGUCACUCAUGUCAUUACUGUUCUGUGCUUGUAUAGCAUUGUAGGUGCUGUCUUGUCCUAUUGUGUAACCUUUAUCCUUUAAUAUUUUCAGUUCAGAUUUUCACAAGAGCUGAGGAAUUUAUUUUAGCUUUAAAUAAUGUGAUCAUCUAUAUAUGAUAGUAAGGGGCUAUACAGGACUUUAACACUGAUGGUCUGUCGUUGUCAUUAAGAAAUAUCUUCAGCUUAAGGGCUCAUGCACACGACGGUGUGCUGGCCGAGCCCAUGCUGCAGACAGUAAAUUGCUGUCCGCAAUGCACGGGCAUCGACCGUGGGGCAGCCGCAUGCGGACUGUGGACCCAUUCA